AUGAUGUUUGGGAGCGAAAUUGGACUUGGGUCUGUGCUCCUGGCACUCCUCCACUCUGUCGCACCCGUUGUUCUGCUGCUCAUGGCUUCCAAGUGGUUGUGGGGUCUCAGGUGGAGCGAGACACGUGAUAAGGCCUGCAGCCUUCCUCUCCCAGAGGGCUCUAUGGGAUGGCCAUUGAUAGGAGAGACCUUCCAUUGGCUCUUUCAGGGUUCCAGCUUUCACAUCUCCAGGCGAGAGAAACAUGGCAACGUUUUCAAGACCCACCUGCUGGGGAAACCUGUGAUCCGCGUGACCGGUGCCGAGAACAUUCGUAAGAUCCUUCUAGGCGAGCACGCGCUGGUGAGCACGCAGUGGCCUCAGAGCACUCGCAUCAUCCUGGGACCCAACACGCUCGUCAACUCUGUCGGAGAGCUGCACAAAAAGAAACGCAAAAUCCUGUCGAAAGUGUUCAGCCGAGCAGCAUUAGAGACGUAUCUGACACGUCUUCAGGACGUGGUGAAGCUUGAGGUGGGUAAGUGGUGUGCCGAGUCGGGCCCCGUGGAGGUUUACGCCUCGGCCAGGUCGCUCACGUUCCGCAUCGCUGUGCGCGUCCUGCUCGGCCUGAAGCUGGACGAGCGGCACGUCGCUCAUCUCUCCAAGACCUUCGAGCAGCUCAUGAACAACCUGUUCUCCCUGCCGGUGGACGCGCCUCUCAGUGGCCUUCGCAAGGGCAAAAAAGCGCGCGACACUCUACACGCCGAGAUGGAGAACAUCAUCAAGGAGAAACUAAAGAAGCAGAACAUGGACGAGUACUGUGACGCGUUUGACUACAUGCUGAGCGCGGCAAAGGAAAAUGAUUACAACCUGACCAUGCAGGAGCUCAAGGAAACAGCAGUGGAACUGAUCUUCGCAGCACAUUCGACCACCGCGAGCGCGUCCACGUCACUCAUACUCCAGCUGCUGCGCCACCCUGAAGUCGUCGAGCGGGCGAGGGCCGAACUAGAAAGCGAAGGUUUACUCGCGGACGUGCACGGCUUCGGUCAUUCAUGCUGUAGCGAAGCCGGCAUCACCUCGACCCACGGUGAAGAGGAAGCGUGUCCCACGUCCAAAAUCCUACUUGAUAAAAAGGUCAGAGACAGGCCGGAGGGUCAUCGGUCAGGGGUGCACGUCCCUUACUUGAGUCUGGAGAAGCUUAAUCAGCUGUGCUACCUGAAGUGUGUGGUCAAGGAGGUGCUCAGAUUUCUACCACCUGUGUCGGGCGGGUACAGGACGGUGCUGCAGACGUUUGAACUGAAUGGUUACCAGAUACCGAAAGGCUGGAGUGUCAUGUACAGCAUCCGAGACACCCACGAGACCUCCCCCGUCUACACGAACCCCGAGCUGUUCGACCCCGACCGCUUCGAGCCCGAGCGGGACGAGAGCAAGAGCAGCCGCUUCAGCUACGUACCGUUCGGCGGCGGCGUCCGGAGGUGCAUCGGCCGUGAGCUCGCCCUGCUCGUGCUCAAAACGCUCAGCGUGGAGCUGCUGGCUACAGCCGAGUGGACGCUGGCCACCGAGACGUAUCCCAGGAUGCAAACGGUGCCCAUCGUUCACCCGGUCAAUGGACUCUGUGUCAAUUUCAGCUACAGGAAUCACGCCGGAGGCAGAAAUCGCAGAGAAUCCACACAUAUAUAG